AUGGACAGAAGGGACCCCCCGGAACCUAACAGAGGCCUUGACGGAGAGACAGUACAUUCGGCGGACCGCGCGGCUCAUGCUGAGCACCGGCCGGCUGACGUAUCUGGCCGAAGCCACCCAGCCGACAUGGCUCGAGCCGAGCGCCCCCAGCAGCGCCAGGCCGUUGACAGCCCUAGCAGGCGAUGGCUGACAGACCGCUAUCACAUACUAUCGCAUACUACUAGUCACUCCCAGCGGUGCGGCGCCACUGCCUGCGGCCCCGGCCUGCGCGUCUGCGCGGCACCGGCCUGCCGACACGGCAAACCGCUCGGCGGUGGCGCCCCCGGAACCCUCGCAGGCCCGGGAAUCUGCGACAUCCGAAUGAGUUGGCGGCCAUCUAGUGGGAAUGGGCUUGUGCAGGCACCUAGGCAGGCGUGA